AUGUUCGCUCAGUCCAUCUCUCGGGCCGCUGCUCGCAGCUCGGCCAUGCCCACCGCUGCCAUUCGCUCCUACCGCACGGCCUCGAGCCCAAUGGCUUGCCUGAACGCUCGUCCCCAGGCUGAGAAGCAGACCAUUGCUUCCCAGCAGACCCGCGCCGCUUCCGAGCAUGCCAUCUCGAAUCCCACACUCGCCGGUAUCGAGAAGCGCUGGGAGGCCAUGCCCCCCCAGGAGCAGGCCGACCUGUGGAUGCAGCUCAGAGACCGCAUGCAGGCUGACUGGCACCAGUUGACCCUCCAGGAGAAGAAGGCUGCCUACUUCAUCUCUUUCGGUAACCACGGUCCCCGCACUCUGCCCCCCAAGGGUGAGGCCUUCAGAAUCUUCGUCAAGGUCCUCCAGUACUGCUCCAUUGGCGUCGGUCUCUUCUACGCCGUCCACUACUUCGCCAAGCCCCUCCCCAAGACCAUGAGCAAGGAGUGGCAGGAGGCUAGCAACGAAUACGCUCUCCGCGAGAAGAUCAACCCCAUCUACGGCAUCAGCUCCGAGGGUUAUGAGGGCAAGGGCUUCGUCCAGAGCCCUCCCGCUGAGAAGCAAUAAAUUCCCGGACAAAUCCUCGGGAUUGAAGGUAGAACGAUUGGACGAGUUGCAGGCGGCAGCGUUGGCUUGAUUGAUGGUUAACCCGACUCCUGCCUGCUCCGAUACGCACCCUCUGAUCAUGGCGGAUGGGUGACCAUCCAUCCAGCUUGGACACCUGCUCUCGCACAUGUUUUGUUUGUCAAACGUCAAGCCCAAAAAGACCCCUCUGUACCUCGUACUGUGCCAUAAUCAAUGUAUCUCCUUUGUAGCCUUAGAUCGGGGUUUUUGGUUUUGCUUUUUAGUUUUGGUUUUUCUGUGUGUAAGGUACAGUACCUGUGCAAGUGCCAUCAGGUUGUCCAAUUGCCGAAGAAGUUAUAUCAUAUAAAAUUGGAAGGGCUUUUUUUCCGACAUAUGUAUACUCAAUGGCUACAGGUGAACCAAGAAACCCGAUAUCAGAUUUGAGGGAAGACGGCUCCUACCACUAGCUGGGUUGGUAGGUGCUUUGAGCUCCUAC